UUACUCGAUCAUCGUGUAUAGAAUACAGGAUAUUUUUUACUGUAUGGGAUAAUGGCAUAUGGGGGGUACUCCGUAAAAUAUUCAUGUACGGAGUCCUGAAAUACUAUACGGAGUACCCUCCAUAUGACAAGCCGUUCUCGACCAGUCCACCUAGGUACGGAGUACGGAGUAGAAUAUGGAUGGAUGUAUGGGACCGGACAUCCCUUGAUGACGUGCUAAGCAGGAGAGAUGGUAAAUGUCCGCUUUUCUGGAACGUAUUUUUUAUUUCCAUUUUAUUAUUUCCAUUUUAUUUUAUUCGAUUUUAUGGAGUACUCCGUAUUCUAUGUCUAUAAUUCCCCAUAUGAGGAGAAUGACAACGUCACCGCCCUAUCGCG